GUUUCAUAUGCGUUUGAAUCCCUGAUGGUUGUGAUUAGAGAGGAGCAGGACGACUCCGAGGGACGAACACGCGUCUACGUUCCGUCGCCCAAAAAGGCAAGCCGAAGUGCAAGAAGGUUAGCGCCGGCCACAUCUGCACCCGUUUCUGUCGCACUUUCGUAAAGCAGUGACAUAACUCUGUCUUGACCUCAAAAUGCGCGUGCAGUCCCUCCGAAUCCCCACCUUCCUCACGACUUCCCACCAUGUCCCUCGCAGAGGCCAUGCCACAACACAUCGUCGCGUCGGCGAGUAGCACGCCGACCUCGUCGAACCGCGAGUCGGCCGCACCCAACGCGAGCGCGAACACGAACACGAGCCCCAGCGCGAAGUCAAGAGACAGCAGGAGCUUCGAAUUCACGAGGCGGAAACGAUGGGCCGACCUGCUCGUCACGGAGCUGCGCGAGGCGAUCAUGCUCGUCCUCUCGCCGGCGUGCAAAGUGUGGUACUGUGGCACGGCGGUAGAGGAUCUACUCGGUUGGAAAGAUGAGGACUUGGUAGACGGUGACAUUACAGAUCUCAUGAACGUGGACGAUCGCCCCAGCUUCCGCAGCCACUUCCAAGAGAGCCUGCACGCGAGAGGCUCACUGCUCACGUACGCGCGGUUGCAAUGCAAGAAUGAGUUCUAUAUGGCCAGUGACUACUCGUCCCGCCCUCGAGAGGUGCUCUUCGAAAUCACCGGCAAACCGCACUUCUUUCCCGACUCGGAUGACUUCAGAUGCUUCUUCGCCGUGGCAAAGCCCUACCCAAGUAGGAACACCGCGAUGGUCAACACAUUCCUCGAGCUGAAAAUGGAGAACGAACGCCUGCAACAACGCGUCACCCACCUCCGCGCACAGGCUAAGGCUCUGAAUGUGAUGUUCCCGUCGGCCUCGCCCACUCUUUCGUCAGCCUCUUCUGUGACUCAACUCGCUCCGCACGUGUCCCAACGAACUAGUGAUGGUUUGUAUACUAUCUUCGAUGAAACACUAGCUGGGGGCACGAGCUUCGGCGGUCAAGGGCAUGAUGCGUUAAACGACGCAGACGAUGACGGUUCAGACCCGAACGGCUCAAGGAAGAAGGCGAAACGGAUAUUCAACGGAGGAGAACAACACGUCUGCCAGACGUGCGGCCGCACGGACUCGCCCGAAUGGCGCAAGGGACCUGGAGGCCCCAAAACCCUUUGCAACGCGUGUGGUCUGCGCUGGGCGAAGAAGUUGCGUACGGAUAAGUCGGGCGAAGGGACUGGUGGAAGCGCCGACGGCGACUCUGUCAUCUUCUGAUGCUUGACCCGCCGCAUCCUGCUCCACAUGUUGUAAUCGGGUCGAUUUCUUGGUGCUCACUACGUUCCAAUACACGAUGAUCAGCCAACGUCGAUGUUUUAAGUUAUUGCAUGGACAUGGCGCCCCUCUGUAGCAUACCUGUAGUACGCACCUUUUCUUGUCACGCUAUCAAUACAACACUGUUGUUCAUUGCAUCACAUC